CGUCUGGCAUGCAUUGCGUUGCAAAAGAAACGCAUCUUCUUUCGUGACGUAGGAGACCAGACUGGCUGCUGCAUUCACUAGCAUUUGGGACGUUGAUGAAAGCUUGAGCGUUAACAAACUACAACAGCGAAAGAAAUCAGCAACAAGAGGAGUUGACGACAUGUCUUCUCCAAAUCAAGAACAGGAAGAUGAGGUGGAAGAAGUGGAGUUUGUCUCUGAGGGGCCUCUUAGACCAGUGUUAGACUGCAUUGAUCUGUUGAGCGAUAGUGAUGAAGAUGGAUGUUCAUCACUGCCAGUCUUGAUUGAGGACAAAAUCAGCCAACAUAAAGCGCAUGUCACAUCUACUCUGGACAGACUGGCUCAUCAGGUAGCUAUAGAGAAAAAGGAGAGAGCAAAGAAAUGUAGAGCAUUCAAGGAAAAACAGAUUUUACAAAAAGCUCACGGUCAGCAGGAGCUGGCUGUGAGUUCUGCCAACAGCGUUAAUCAGGAUGCAAAACGCUGUGUGGAAAUGUGGCUGAAGAUGCCUGGUGUUAAACCUGGCGUGGUCAGUGCUGGUUCGGGUAGAAAACUCCCGUCCGCUUCCUUCCCGAGGAACAACUUCACGAGACAGACGUGUCCUGUGAUCAACUGUGGGCGUGUCUAUGACAACGCUUCGCUGCUUGAUGGACAUUUGAAAAGGUUUGACCAUUCUCCGUGUGACCCUGAGAUCAGUCUCAGAGGAAGUCCAUCCGAGCAGUUCGCCUGCGUGGCCUGCAGUCAACAGUUUCAGGCCAAAGAAGCUUGGAGAAGACAUUUGGAGUCAAAGGUCUCCUCGUCCAGUUCUGAUGGUCACAGCAUGGAUCAGAUCUAUCAGCGGAUUGUGUGUUUCGCUUGCCCCGCCUGCUACCUGCUCUUCAACCUCAGAGACGAGUGUCUUCAACACAUGUCGGCUAAAAAUCACUUCACGCAUUCACUUGCUCUGAAAGAAAGCAAAGAAGCAGCGAUGCCGGUUCCUGUCCCUCAGCAUGUAAAGAACCGUCUCAUCGCUUUGUGCAAGGAUACGGCGUUCACCGUGCGCUGCUCUUUAUGUCACAAAGUGCUGACGUCACACCAAGUGGCUCAAGCUCACUUUAAUGUGUACUGUAGGCAAGGCUGCGCCGUGGCCAAAGCGGAGAAAACAGUAGUGGAAGUUAUGAAGCAGCUCCUGGUGAAGGGACAGUGCAGUGUCUGCUCCAAAGUCUUUUUCAGUGAAGCUGAGAUGGAGAAACACAAAGACUCGGCGCAACAUGAUGUUGAGGUCAAUCAAACGAUAGCCAAAGCUCUUCUGCAGUACAGCAGGUUCCAUAGAGCACAGCAGGAGCAAAGGCGUUCCCACGUCGCCGGCGGUUCCUCUCAAAGAAGAGCCCGAGAAGAGAAGGAUUGUGGUGAACUUUCAGUUAAGCGCCAGAGGAUGAGUCAAGGUUCUCAUUCCAGCAGUAACAGAACCUCGGUGACCGCGUGGUUCUGCGAGUGCGGUCUGCAGUUCCCGGAGGAGGGUCUGGCCACUAAGCAUGUUUUGGCCGUGAACCAGAUUUUCCACCAGUGUGGCGUGUGCGGCAAACUCAUGGGAGAGUCUUCCAUAGCCAGCCUUCACAUGAGCCGCUUCCAUGGCGGGGCGCACCUCUCCAACUUCCUGUACCUCUGCAGGAAGUGUAAAGUCCAAAUGCCCCGAUUUGAAGACAUCCUGUCUCAUGUGUCAGAGGCUCACAGUGGACACACUUACAUCGCAGAACAAGAAGUGCCCGAUGUUCCAGAGGCCAAACCCUCCACCAGCAGCGAAGCCGCUCCGACCUCUUCCAGCAAAGUCCAGCAGGACACCGUGGAGACGUCGUCCUCCGUGACCCGCGGCCUCACCUGGAUGUGCAGGAUGUGCGAGGACAUCUUCGACUCGGAAGCCGCCGUCCACAAACACUGCACUGACAUCGGCAGCCACAGCUUUCAGAGGUUCGUCUGUGGACACUGCCCUCAGAAGUUCUUCAAGGAGUCCACAGUGAGGAGACACUGCAUGAACGAGCACGACGGGGACAUAAAGAGUUGGUAUUUCUGCGGCCUCUGCGACAGCAUGCAGAUGGACACAGAGGCGGAGUUCCUGGACCAUUACUGGAGCCUUCACAGCAGGGAUUACUGCUGCAUGGACAACGCCGAAGUUCUUCAACCAGCUGCUGCAAUGAAUCCACAGGAAUGCCCGUGCAUGUCCUCAGAACACAGCAAGGAAAGGACAAAAGAGGUUUAUACCAGAUGCAUGAGAGAGCUGGCUGCAGAGGGGAGAUGCCAGUACACGUGUCCUCCCUGCAGCGUGUCGGUGCCAACGUAUGCGCAGAUCAAGACUCACGUGCACACAAAGCAUUCAGUUCUGAACCUGGACAAGACAUUCCAAGUGCAAUGCAACACGUGUCACAAGAGUUUUAUGGGUGUUCCGAGUUUCCAUAAACACUAUCAUCACUGUCACUGCACACUGGAGCCCUGCAGGAGCUCCAGGAGGAGCUCAGAGGCAGAGCCCACUCAUGUGAAAAUAAUACAUGCAGUGGAGGUCAAAGCACACAAAGGCGAGAUUGAAGAUGAAACUCUGGGGAGGUUCUUGGAGGAAGAUCAGACCAACAGCGAAAAGGAUUCAACUGCGAUGGAGACCUCUGAUGAUGAAAUGAAAUCUGCUCAGUCAAUAAGUGCAGAAGAAGCCAGAGAAUCGGCAGAGUUGGAGGAAGCUCUCCAGAGAAGUCUUGUGGAGUUCUAAGUGCUUUCUAAAUGAACUCGUUCCUUUUGCUCACCUGUCAUGUUGACCUUUUACUCUCAAGGUCAUUGUUUUUAGAGUUAUUCAAUAAAACUCACGAUUUACUUUCUGUUAAAGUCGACGCUUCCAGUAACAGACGGUAUGUUUUAAAGUUAGUUAAAGCUGAGGGUUUCUGAGUAGGCGUACGUUUUAAACAUUGAAGUUAUGCGUCACAUGUUGACACACGGAGGAUUGUGGUGACACGGCUAGAUGCCUGGGCUGACCUCGUGACCGCACAGCAACCGCUCCUCCACUUCUCUAGUUUCACUACAGCACCAACAUGUGGGCUCUCUUUAGUUCAGAAAUCAGAAAUGGAUGAAUAGAUAUCGUUUUAUUAAACAAAUGAUCUUUUAUGAUUAACACUUAAAAUUGUCAGGAAAAAAUGUUGUGUAAAGCUGUAACUGAAUCUCCACACUGGGACAGAACGGUUUUCCUUAAAAAUACUUACAGUAAAAAUGUUUUUCUUUAAUAAAGAUAUAAUAACAGAGCAAGAUAUUGUGUUUGUUUUGGUGAAUUAGUUCAUUGUUUUGCUUUUGGUAAUCUUAAUAAUGAAAAUGCUUUUUUGGUACCUCACUGUUAUAUUUUAAGCUUUUGAAGAGCAGAAAAACAACUGUUUCAGACCUGUUAGUUGGUAAACGGAGGAAAAAUAGAUGGAAUCCAUCUCUGUUGCAUGAAAGCAGUAAAAUCAACUGUAACAAGCUCCAGUCGCCUCAUCAGCGCCCCCUAAAGGUGGCUUGGUUUCAUAACUUCUUUGUCUUUUUUCCAAGUAAAUCGAUGAAAGCACUUGUACAAAUGGAUGACUGGAAAAAUGCAAAAGUUUUAUUAAGCACAUCUGUAUAUAUGUUGCUGUACAUUGUAUAAAUAAAUCAUACAAAAAUCA